AUGGCUUCUUCCUACAAGGACAAUAUCAGCAAUGAAAGGUUGUUGGAGAAACGAUUAGAUCGGUCGUAUGGCGACAAUUCGCAUCAAAACGGCUCCUUAACGAAGCACGAUAUGCAAGUAAAAAAGUCACGUGACUUACUACUGGUGGGUUAUUUGGGAGGUGGAACAACGUUUAUGGGAGAUAUUCUUGGUUCAAGGAAUAAUAGCUUCUACUUGUAUGAACCACUUUACUCUAUGGCGCAGUUUGGAUAUUUCAAGCCUGGACACCAGUGCAGUAUGACGGGGGGAUGCAGGAAGAAUGCUCAGAUUGAUGACCACGUUCUAAAAAUAGUUCAUGCUAUAUUCAGCUGUGAGUAUGACCAUUUCAACCACAAUAUCACCUGGUGGCAAACUGCUGCCUCUAAAAUAUCCAAUGAUCAAAGAUGGGAACAGUCUUUUCUGGGUUGUAAUGUAAAUUGUUCGAGAAAGUAUUUGAGUUUAUGUUCACAACAUGGUUCAAUUGUUAGCAAAAUGCCGAGGAUAAGCAUCGGCUUAGCCUCAAAACUUUUGAACAGGUUACCGAACUUGAAAAUAGUUCAUCUUUUGAGAGAUCCUAGAGCUAUCAUGAACUCGAGGAAAAAAUAUGACUGGACCCCUGUCCCAAGUGGUGCCAUAUCAUUAUGUUACAAAAUGUUCGAUGAUGUUCUUGAAGCGGAAAAAGUGAAAACAGCUUAUCCCACCAGGCUGUAUACCGUAUAUUACGAAGAUAUGGUCAUGGAACCUCUUGAAACAUUUGAGAAAAUCUACAACUUUACGGGCUAUAAUUUCGAUGCAAAUGAAAAAACUCGAAUCCUUGAUAAGAUGCAAAAUUCUACGAGAAUAGCAAAGGCUUGGAGAAACGGUAUAGACGAUAAAAUCUUGAGGGAAACCAACAAAGCGUGCACUCGAUUAUAUCCGCGACUAGGAUACCCACAAAUUUCGAAUUUAUUAGAAAUCAAAAACAUGAGCAUUCCACUAAGAAAUAAAGUAAUCGGGUAA